AUGAAUCCCGCAAAAUCAGUGGCGUACGGCUGGGGUGCAUUGAUAGUAGCCACAGGAUUCGGCUACUACUUCACUAAGCAAGUGACGAACGCACGGCGGAAAGAGAAGCUAUUGAGCAAGCGGGCGAGUGAGAGCCCCUCGAAUUGGGAAGAGAAGGUGGCGAGAUCACAAGGAUCAGGAUCAGGAUCAGGAUCAGGUGCUGCGGCUGCUGGCGCCCCACCACCCGAUCAGACUUCGAUACCUACUACAUUUGCGGGCGGACCGGCGACGCCAACGAUGCAGUCGGCGCCAACGGGGGUGGAUACGCCAAAUGGGUCAGGUAGCGGGCAGCAACAUAAUAGAUGA